AUGGUUGUCAUAAAGGUUGUGACAACUAUCGGACAUUAUGUCCUCCAAUGGCUUGAUCUUCCUAAGAUUGAUCUUCCAAGAUUGCUUCGGAUUUGCUGUGUUUUUGGAGUUUCGGUACAGACAGCCUAUAUAUUUGUAAGAAUUGUGAAAGAUUCUUUGAAAUGUUCUUCCGAAAAGAACAAUAUUCAUCAAUCUGCAACUCAAGUUUUGUUCUUUCCGGACAAAGUUCUCGCCUGUCAGCUGUUUCUCUUCGAUGGAGACUGUAGUCGGAAAAACUGCCCGUUUGCUCAUAAAGAUACCUCUUUAAGUAAGCUUGUAAGAGUUUUAUCAGAAGCUAAACAAAGCCUGGACGUAUGUGUUUUUACAAUUAAUUGUCGCGAGCUUGCAGAUGCAGUCAUUCAACAACACAAGAACGGUGUCGUGGUUCGAGUGCUAACUGAUGAUGAACAGAUGGGUUCGACUGGUUCUCAGAUUGAAAAGUUUCGACGUGAAGGAAUCCAAGUACGACAUGAUCUUUCUUCGUUCUUCAUGCAUCACAAAUUUGCUGUUAUUGAUCGAAAAAUACUUGUCAAUGGCUCCUUUAACUGGACAAGGCAAGCGGUAACUGGAAAUCGAGAGAACGUGGUCAUUUCAAGUGAAGACUUCGUUGUGAGAUCGUUUGCAGAGGAAUUCGAGAGACUAUGGGAAGAGUAUGAUCCUUGUAAAAGAUUUCGUAUCUCGUGAAAGCUUUUCACAUCUAGGACUAGGAGACUGACAUCUCACUUUUAUUUCAUGAAUACCUUAGUCGUUUUCACAGUUGACUGCUCGUCGUGACAAGCUCAGGUAGUUUCUGGCUUAUUUUAGAAUGUAAACUAGUAUAAUGUUUUUAUGGGAUUUGUCACCAGUCUCGUUCAGAUGCUGUAAUUCUGAACGUUCUUACCUUAAAAGUUUUUACUCUAACACUUUACUUCGGCAUCCACAGCGAAGUAAUUAUUCUGAGCAACUUUAGAAUACCAGCCACUCCAUUUUCAUGUGUGGGAAGACCUUUUAAGAACGAGGCAUAUCACAGUAGACGUCAUUCUUAUUCAACGGGAUGUAAAUGUGUGGCCGAUUAUUCUGCAGUUUAGCCAAUUUGGAGCAAUUUUCAACUCACAUUAACAACUAGGUCAUCAAUUUCUCUCAGGUUACUUGUUCGCCAACUUUUUUCUCUACACGUUCUCCUAAUGCUAAAUUACUUGGACUAGCCUUCCAUAUGCUACUUAGCUGUGACCCAGCUAGGUAAGACAACCAAGUAGCAAAUAUCAAGUGUGUUAA